AUGGGAUGGGGAAGGAAAAUGCAAGGCGGGAGUGUCACCUGUCAUGUUCAGGACGGUGCCGCCUUCCUUCAGGAUGUUGUUGGAUCUUCAACUGGCACUGGGGAGAGUAAUAGUACCUUUGAUGAAUUGGUUUCUAGCCGCACGCAUUCUGGAACUUCUGUGAGUUUCAAAGGUGGUGAUUAUCCCACUAACGGAAACCAGCAUAAGCCGCUGUCCCGAUACCAAGUACAACCGGCGACGUGUUACGACGUGCUUUUUGUGGAUCUUUUUGUCGGGAGCGAUCCACCCGCCUUCAUGUCGUCCCUUAUUUUUCUUCAGUUGUGCCGCGAGGCACUCUCCUCGAUCGGCGUUGCAGCGUUUAACCUUCCCAAAUCCGAUCCCGACUUUGUGCAGAUGUGCCAACGGGUCUUUGGUUCUCAGAACGUUUAUCAGGUACCGGUCCCGGCCUCGGCAAAUAUCGUUGUUUUAGCCCGGUGUGCCGCUGGGGCGGGUGUUGGUCACACCAUUUACGAGGAGCGAAGUCAUGUGGCACACCGCCACUUCUAUAGGCGUGCACAACAGUUACAGAAGUCUCAUGGACUCCCAUACGACUUAUCCAGUCAUUAUCCGAUAUGGUGGCGUCUAUGGUGA